CAUCCGGUCAUCUGAUAGCGCUCCGCUCUAUAACACGGGAGGAAGCGACAGCACCGAGUCGACAGCGGCGGCGGUCGUCUCGUUUCUCCCGCGGAGAGAAAAAUGGAAGAUUUUCUUUACGAAGAUUACGCCAACUACACUUACGACGAGGACGCGGCGCCGCACGAGGAGCCCGUGUUCCAGCACAGGUCGGCGUGCACGCGGGACGCCCUGUGCGUGUCGCUGCUGGUGAUCACGGCGGCCGUUUUUGUGCUGGGCUUCUGCGGCAACGGCCUGGUCAUCUGGAUCUCCGGCUUCAAGAUGAAGAAGACGGUCAACACCACCUGGUACCUGAGCCUGGCCAUCUCCGAUUUCAUCUUCUGCGCCUUUUUGCCCUUCUCCGUCGCCUACAUGUUCAUGGAGAGAUGGAUCUUCGGGUACUUCUUGUGCAAGUUUUUCUCGUCCGUGCUGUUCCUGAACAUGUUCAGCAGCAUCUUCCUCCUGGCGAUCAUCAGCGUCGACCGCUGCGUCUCCGUCGUCUUCCCCGUCUGGGCCCAGAACCACCGCACGGUACGGAAGGCUUCCGUGAUCGUCGCCCUGGCCUGGCUUCUCGCCGUCGGGCUCAGCCUCCCGUCCGCCGUCUUCCGCGACGUCCAGAACCAGAUGGGCAGGACCGUCUGCUACAACAACUACACGUCGCACCGGCAGAGUCACCAAAUCGUCGUCCUGAGCCGCUUCGUGGCGGGUUUUGUCGUGCCGUUCUUCGUCAUCAGCGUUUGCUACUCGGUCAUCAUCCUCAAACUCCGCGGCAACAGGAUGACCAAGUCGUCCAAACCGUUCAAAGUCAUGACGGCGCUCAUCGCGACCUUCUUCGUCUGCUGGCUGCCCUACCACGUCUUCGUCCUGCUCGAGCUAAACCACCAACGCUACGGCCGUUACGUCUUGAGCGUCGGACUCCAGGUGGGGACCUGCCUGGCGGCGGCCAACAGUUUCCUCAACCCGGUCCUUUACGUGUUCAUGGGGAACGACUUCCAGCAGAGGUGCAAGAGUUCCUUGCUGUCAAAGAUGGAGAACGCCUUGGGAGAGGACGGCCGCACCACCAGCCGCUACCUGUCCAGGUCCAGCUCCGUCGACGCCAGGGCCUCCACGCACAUUUAGAGCUCUCCGAGAGUUCCAUCGCGGGCUUUCGCACGCCGACACUUUACACCCGAAGAACCCUAACGUAAAACAUUUCACCGACCUUUUCUUAUCGAGCAAGAACCAAACGGAGGUUUUUCAGGCGCUCUUUAUUCGCGCCGGUGAUCAUUUUCCGGAGGGUCGUUAAGUUCACCGCCCGAGCAGAAAGAUAAAACAAGGACUGUUCAAUUUUGCGCUAAUCUCGGGAUAAUGGAAAAGUCUCGGGAGAGACGCAAGGAUUGUUUUGUCAUUUCCGCGCCGAUGAAACAUUUACUCGUCCUUCACCUGCCGCAAAAUACGUCUGUAAUUGUGCUGGCGUGACGGUGUUUAUUUACUGCUCGGUAAAUACGUGCGAUGAAUGCGUGACUGAAUGUUUUUUUGAUUUUAAUUGUUUUUUUUUUUUUUGAGUCUGUUCUCCAGCGAAGGCCUCUGCUAACGACACGAGGAAAUGAUCAUCUCCGUUCAGUCGGCCGCCCCGCACGCCGCAAUCGCUUCUGGACAGGAGAUUAUUACGUAUAUGAUGAAUAAGAUAUCGCUGAACAAUAAUGUUCAUCAAUCACGCGGCAGUUCGAACGCAACGCGCGUGGUUGUUCUGGCCGGCCGGCGACCGUCUUGUCGAGCGGCCCGGUGCUUUUUGUCAUUUUAACAAAUGAGAGCUGUACAAUGUGGUCCUUCUGGUUUUUUUUUUUUUUUUUUUU